AGGGUAUGAAUUGCCAUUGUACCUCCCCUACUUUGCGACUCCCACCACCAACGAAAAUUUGGGUUUUUGAGGAAAGAUUUAUAAGAAUAAGUCAUCAUCAUCGUAUAGUCCUGUGAACUCGAUAAAGUUAUAUCUGGAGCUUAUGAAGAUAAAGAUAAUCUUUAUCGAGAAGUGUCUUUUUGUAAACUUAAGUAUAAGUAGCAGUCUGUUUAUCCUGACAUCUGCGUGUUUGUAUUUUUGCCCCAUUUUCUCUUCUUGAGAGAGUACCCAUAUCCUAUUUUCCAUUACCACAUCUCAUCACGUGUCUACCAACUACGUUUCUCCUAUAAUUCAUUCUUCUGCUUCCAUUUCUCUACUACCAUCUGGUACUCUUGACCUAGUGGAUGUCAAAGCUGAAAUCGAUCGCAGUUUCUCCUAUAAUUCAUUCUUAUGCUUCCAUUUCUCUACUACCAUCUAGAUUUGGCACUCAUCUACUAGAUAGCAAUAUAGUCCUAACAGGAGCAGAAUGAAGGUGUCGUCGACCAUGAGGCAGCUAGAGAAUCUAGCAGAUACCCUUAAGGAGAAGGACUUGGAGAUCAUGCGCCUGGAGGCCCGCCUCGCACGUCAAGACAGAGCGCUAAACGCUUUGCGCCAGCAGCAAGAAGAUUAAGAUUUGUAAAGGCGCCGCGAGCGCGACACGUGCGAGACGAGAGGGUCACGCGCGCGAAAUAAUAAUAAUAAUUUCAUUUUUGCAAGCCUUCUUUGCUAGGACAACUAGGACAACUCAAACCCAUUUAUCUAGUGGACCCACACCUAACCUAACCUAACCUAACCUUCUUCUCUAGGACAACUAGGACAACUCAAACCCAUUUAUCUAGUGGACCCACACCUAACCUAACCUAACCUAACCUUCUUCUCUAGGACAACUAGGACAACUCAAACCCAUUGACAAUAAAUUUUUACAAGCCUUCUUUACUUGAGAAUGCCAUGAAAAAGUGAAUAAAUUGUUUCAACCUUUAAGAAGACACGGAGCUUUAUCGGGCUGUCCGCGAUGCGCUAGGGGAUGGGGGUCUCAGGCAUGGAACUUCUAGCGAUGGCGGUGUUAGAACGGCUUCUACGAAUCAUCAUAAAGAAGUAGACUCCCAUUUAUACCCCAUGAAUGGGCAGACGGGAACGAACGACACGUUGACGGAUUAUAGGACUAGGAAGGGAGCUAGCGCUGGUGGACGUGGAAGUGGAUUUGAGGCGGUAGCUACCUCGUCUGGGUUCUUUGCUGGAAGGCCAGAUGUAGAUCAUGCAGUUGUCCAUGACGAUAUAGAAGAUCAAGUUGGUGGCAGCGACGGAAAUUCCAUCGAAAAUGUAGUAAAUGUCCGUGAUCGUCAUGAUGGUUCCAAAGGAGGCGCAUCUCCAAGGAAUGAGGAGCAUCUUCAAGGCAGACGCCUCCAAGGCAGACACGCGGAAAAGUACAAGAGCGUGAAAAAUACUCCCGCACUGCCUCCACGGUUGCAAACGCAGCACAGCUUUACUGGAGGCGGACCUGGCGGACCUGGUAGUGCCAGUUAUAGUAAUACUAGUAUUAAUUAUCCUAACUACCUUGUCCCCAAUCACCUUGGAGGUGUUGCCAGCCGAACUCAAGGCAGCAAAUCAACGAGUAGCACCGCACCUCCGCCAUUGAGCCAGAUAUUUGCACCACCAGAGCGCUUUGGAGCGCGUGUGGAGCAGGAAAUAGGGGUCUCCACCAAGACCCGUUACUUUGAGGGUUUGGGUCUGUUACCAGACGCGACAGGCUUCUGGGGUGACUGGAAAAAGGGAAUUGGGUACACUAGUGCUAGAGGCGCUCAAGCACAUAACGAUGCAGAGAAUCAUAAAGAACUCCGCGAAGAAUCUCAACGUUCUUGUUCUAUCGGAAGACAAGACGAAGACACAGCUUUUUCCCCUGCAGUAUCACAAGAUGUAGUGAUGAAUUCCGUCGACGAGAAGUCAACGAAUAGGCCUGAUUCCAGCGGACUUGUGCAGACUGAGUUACGACAGGGAAAAAGUUACUCACACUCACGAAACUUCUAGGCAAGUUCCAAAGCGUGUUCUUUCCUGAGUAUGAGUAUGUUUUUUCGUCCUUUCAUUUGAGUCGUUCCAUUCCCACAUUGCGCUGAUGGUGGAUCUGCAUGCACGAUUUCGCUAUUUACUGCACAACAAUGUCCUCAAUCGCGAGAGCGCCUCAUCGCAUCUCCUAGAACGGCAAGCAUCUGCUGGCAUAUGUAGUGGACGAGAAGAAGCGUCCGGCAGUAGGAAAGAAAAGCAUAGGAACAAGGAAGGGCAAGCAGUUCUUGAUGACAACAAUGAGCAUAGAAAUUGUGAUCCAGCUGAAGCUAAUAGCGAUGACGCUGAGAGAAACGAGGAUGCAGCAGUUGUUGAGGAAGAUGAUGCUAGAAAUGCUGACCCUACUCCUGCUAAGAUAGAUGCUGGAGGAGCGUCGAGUCCAGAUAUGGAAGUUGGAGGUGCUACAAAAAGUCCAAAUAUGGAAGGUUCUGAAGACAGAGGCGUUCUUCUCGAUGAAAACGAAGAUUAUUUGAAGAUUGUGGCGGAAGAGACAGGAGAUCAAGAGUCAUCGGCGCAAGAGGUAACACAAGAGACACCACGAAUGUUCUCUCACGCCGACGCCUUGUCAAGAGCUGCUUUCGUUUGGUUAAAGUCGAACUAUCUGCGCGAAUAUUGCAGCUACACUUAUGACUUUACUUGAGAAUCCAUCGUCGGUCUACUAAAAGUUGGAAAGCAGACUUAGAGUAAUUACAGAGUUGAGAUUUAUUCAGAAAGAUAAACCGCUCGUACCGACUUCAACAUCGUUUGAAAUCUCAAUCUUAUUUUGAUUGUUGUGUGCCUUGGAGACAACUAUGUUGUUGAUGAGACUGCCACUUCGAUGUGUAGUCGAUAUCUUGGGAAUAGUGGAGCGGAUGUGCUUGUUUCUAACACAAUUAUCGCAAGAGACUUGUAGAAGGCAGUCGAAAUGCGGAUGGCGAAGGGUUGUCCGUAGCGUCGUAUCCGUAUCCUUGUGCAACAGCAAGGAAGCAGGAACAGCGACCGAAAGGAUCGAAAGAUCAGCAUCAUGAAGUUCGGAACUCGGUCUUCACGACAGGAAAUGUGGAUGCAGAAAUAGAUGCACACACAAGCAGCCUGUUGAAGCAAGAGCAACACGUAGAAUUAAGACUUCGAUCUAACAAGAAGCAAGGAUAUUCCAUCUACCAGGUCGUCUAGCACGUCAUGCACUGUGCUCUCCUGUAAAAUGUCUUCUUUCCCAAGGGAAAGAAAACAAUUUUUCCUCCAGGAAGCACACCAUUCUCCAGGUAUGACUAAUAUCCUACUGAGUGUGGAAAUGGAAUUCGGCAUUCCUUUUUCUAAGAAAAAAAGUGAGAAAAGUGCGACAUCCGUACUUCGCCCACUUUCAGACCCAAAGAUCUGAUGAAGAAGAGGAAAAUGCCAAUACGUUAAUACCAGUGGUGACACAGGAACAAAAUGAAAAAUCACAAGGAAGACAGGGACCACAUGAAAAUGCUGGUGACCACCCAGUCCCUACUAGAACCGCAACUGGUGGGCCACCUCAGACAAGGAGUGACUCAAUAGCAGCCAGCCGAGACGGACAGCAGCUAAGCAGACCGCCACACGGAUCUGUCCAGCCAGAUCCUCGGAACAAUACCGUCUUAAGGCUAUGCAUAGAUACGAUGCAUUUAAGAUAGCGAUACACGACUUGGAUGAACCCAUGUGGCAAGCUUUCAUUCUCACAGGGCUGUUCACAAAGAAGGCUUUUUCUUCUUCUGUGUGUCCUCUGUGGAGGCUUGAUAGAAGGGAGACAGGAAAAGUUGAAUCGUCCCGUCGGAAGGCUAGGAGAACUAGUGGGGAUGACAAUCAAUCAGUCAAAAGUUGAGACUCAACAUUAUAGCAUGUACAUAUGGCAGCCCCUAUACCUCAUGAUUAGGUAAAUCAAUCAAUCAGUCAAUACUUAGGGUAAAUCAAUCAAUCAAUCAAUACUUAGGUUCUUUGCUCCACCACAAAUUAUAGUAUUUAGCACCAUCUCUAAUGAUAGCCUUGGAUCCGUUUGUGAAUGCAGAAAUGCAGCGAUUCUGCGCCAGUAUCGUGCUCAUGCAAGACGACGGCUUGAUGCCUCGGCAACUACUGGAAAAUUUCGAAAAAUCGACACCCUCUCGUGAGUCUGAGAAUGCGCGGCAGCAAGAUGGAGGUAAUCUAGAGCUUGAACUUACAUUAGAUAGGAGCAUUAUUUUUAGCAGGUUAGGGUAAAUUUCCCUCGACGUCAUGACCAUCUCUUCAUUUAAGAUAGCGUCAACAUAUUAUCGUAAACAUAGCCCGCUAGUGCGAGUCUUCGUGUCAUAGUAGAGGACAGCUUCAAGUUAUGGAGUUCGUCUUUGCGCUCGAACUGCUUCUAAAAGUUUUUUGAGUUUUUUUGGAAUAAGGAACGUAUAAACCAAUGUAUCUCCAUCUACCUGCAGGGCGCUUCUCGAGUCUAUGGAGCAUUGCUCAGGAUGCUGCUGUUGCCGAGUUGCGGGCACUCGUUAGUGGACCGCUCUCGGACGAGUUCAAUCUACCUCCUGACGAUGUCCUGGAUAGUUUGGAGCUCGUGUUGUCGCUGCUAGCGCAGGUUUUGCAGGUGCCACGCUCUUUGUUGCUGGAACAAAGGGGUACGAUGGAUGAUGAGCGGAGAAGUUUGGUGGAUGAACGGAGAAGUUUAGUGGAUGAUGAACGGAGAAGUUUGGUGGAUGUUGAACGGAGAAGUUUGUUGGAUGAACGGAGAAGUUCGACAGACGCCAAUGCGCCAAGAUCUUUUCCCUCUCGGAACAACAUCCACAUGAAGGACGAUGUUGAGCGACAAGCUGGGCUUUCCUCGUGGGACGGCCCCUCUCUAGCCGAAUUUGUGGUGUCUGCCGACGACGCUCAAAGAUUUCCGUCCCUUGAGACUGCAGGUCAAGAUCAGCAUCAGUAUCUUCAAACUAGAAGGCAGUCAGAUCUUGUUGGUGUGCCACCUUUUUUGCGUAGUGAACGAGCACCGCCAGGAUCGAGACAGGGAGCACCCGAAGGAAUAAUACGGCACGAGCAUCACGGGAAAGUAGAAAGUACAGAAAGUACUGAGCAAGAAACGGUACAAUCCAGGAAUGGACGAGAAAUCAGCGACUUGAGCGACGACGAUUCUGCGCUAGUUAAGGCUCAUGAUCUUUCAAAUGUUGACCAUGAAGCUCAUGAUCUUUCAAAUGUUGACCAUGAAGCUCAUGAUCUUUCAAAUGUUGACCAUGAAGUGUCUAUCUCAUUUUCGGGUCGCUUGGAUCCGUCUCAAAAAAUGAUUUAUUACAGUCGCAGAGUACUAAUGAAAGCGCCUACAAUCUAAACAAUUCAUCACUCUUCUUAUUAUAGUCACAGAGUACGUAGAAGAUUCAUGUAUAAGUUUUAUGUACUGGUUGUUGAGCCUUCAUUCCCGUGUAUCAAAGUUCAGUCUAUAAUUUCGGUCCCCAUUGUUAAAAUGAAGUGUACUUAGUCCAUGCCUACUUAAUCUUGUCUUGUCAUCUUUCUCUUUGUCUCUACAACUUAAUCCUGGCUUGUGAAUGAUCUUGUGCGGUCAUUCAAGACGCCAUGAGGAUGAUGCUUAAUUUUCUUAUAUUCAAUUUCUCUAAUAUGGGAACGGAUGCUCUGUGCGAAGCCGUUAUGCACUGUCUUCAGGAAGCCCGCUUAAGCAAGGCUGAGGUCGAAAAGUUUGACCGGCUGCUUGAGUUUCUGAAUAUUCACAUGGCGGCUUCGGAUCCGACGCAACGCCUGGGGAGAAAAGUUAUGUACACGAUUUAUCAUGUGACUCCCUAUAGGAAUAGGCAUUAUAGAGAUCCAUCUUAGUGAUUUUUAGAAGAAGGCAAGGAAGAUCAUUUCUUUUGAUCAUGCUUCGCGUUCUCUUCUCACCGUGCUACACUAUAAUCUGCAUCUUGCAUGAUCUUCGAUUUCAUUUUUUUUUGAUUUGUGUAGUGCAUGAUGUGCAUCUUUGACUAUAUUCGUGCCUAAAAUUGGAACUACUACUUCAUACACAACAAGUUCCUUAGACUUUGAAUUCGGCUCUAAAUUCCGUUUCGCGCUGUCUUUGUUUCAAAUUGCAGUGGGCCAGAUCGUGGCGUAGGGCAACUCUUUCAGACGCUAUGACGACGAAUAUCGCACUGGUGCUACCUGCGCGACGCAGCAGUGGCGCGACUUACCUGACCAGUGGGAUUCUUAACCUGCGCAAUGGGGAACGUACCUGUAAGCGGUAGGGGAAAUUGCCUGCAAAGCAAGCAAAAAGCGAUCGAUGUUGGACUAGAAGAAGUAGCUAAUGUUUGGAGGAUCUUCGAUGUUGGAGUAGAAUGAAGCGGACGCUAAUCAACGUCCUCGACUGCAAGAAGUAACUAGCGACGAGAAGGAUAGGUCUCUCAGAUUCUAAGACCUACAAGAUGACAAGGU